CUAUCAGGGUCGGACCGGACUCGGUCACUCGAGACUCGACGAGAAUUCCACUCCCGAAGCAUGGGAGGAAGAGAAAGCAAAGCGUCUUCAGCAAAAAGUGCAAAAACCUGUAAAAAGGAAGAGAGAGAGAGAAAUGGAGAGUAAAAGCUCCGAAGCGGCAUCGACGGAGGUGGAGAAGCAGAGGGAGAAUUAGUGAAGAAGUAGAAGAAGAAGAUGAAAGAGUUGCCGGCGAUCGACGGCAGCCGCAAAAGCAUGACAGCAACAAUGCCUCCCCGUAACGGUAACACAAAACCACCCUCUUCUCUUCCCUUGGUGGUAUCCCUCAACUGCCUGGAAGAUUGCAGCUUCGAACAAGAAUUUCUGGCGGGCAUCGCUACCGUCGAGCACGUUGGCCUCAGCCGCCUGGCCGACGGCCUGAUCGAGUCCGCUGCCGCCGUCAUCCUCCAAUCCCUGGCAUUCCUUCCACGCGCCGCCCAGCGACGCCUCCAGCCAUGGCAACUCAUCCUCUGCCUCGGUUCCUCUGAUCGCUCUGUCGAUUCCGCCCUCGCCGCUGAUCUCGGCCUCCGUCUCGUCCACGUCGACGCCUCCCGUGCUGAAGAGAUUGCUGACACCGUCAUGGCUCUCUUCCUUGGCUUGCUUCGCCGCACUCACUUGCUCUCUCGCCACGCAUUCUCCUCCUCUGGCUGGCUUGGUUCGGUGCAGCCUCUCUGUCGCGGAAUGCGAAGGUGUCGAGCUCUCGUCUUAGGGAUUGUUGGUAGAUCUGCUUCCGCAAGGGCCUUGGCAACUAGGAGCUUGGCGUUUAAGAUGAGUGUGCUUUAUUUCGAUGUUCACGAGGGUAAAGGAAAAUCAGGCAGGCCUUCCAUAACAUUUCCUUCAGCUGCUAGAAGAAUGGAUACACUUAAUGAUUUACUUGCAGCAAGUGACCUUAUUUCACUCCACUGUGCUCUAUCAAAUGAGACUGUUCAGAUUAUCAAUGCAGAAUGUUUGCAGCACAUAAAACCUGGAGCAUUCAUUGUGAACACGGGGAGCAGCCAGCUGUUAGAUGAUUGUGCUUUGAAACAGCUUUUGAUUGAUGGCACUAUUGCUGGUUGUGCACUGGAUGGUGCUGAAGGGCCACAGUGGAUGGAAGCAUGGGUAAUGCUUAUUUUCUUGGCUGAAAUCAACUGCAUCAAUGCCAAUGGGUCCAGCCAGGGGCUUCAGUUUGUAAAUUUGAAACUUAAUUUUAUUUUUGUAUUCCAGAUAAACAGAAGAAUGGAGUUUGUAUUUGCUAGCCACAGUUUUGAUGUUUGGGAGAGUUGGACCUUGGAAGGCUCUUUUCCGGAGGCGUGUAGGCUUGUCAACUGUAGAAAUCCCUUGGCUAUUUUGGAUGUGCAUAUUGACAUUCUUGCUACUGUAGGAGACGAUGGGGUUGCCCGCUGGCUUGAUUACGCUGGCUUCAUGGGGAGGACAUGCUAACCUAUUUAAUGUUUGCUUUCUUAGAUUUUUCAUGUUUGUAAUCCUCAACUUGUAGGGCAUUCAAUUUCGAUUAUCUUAAAGUCAACCUACAGUGUCGGUUUUGUUUACUUUGUGUUCUAGCUUCUCUCUUUGCAGAGUGUUUUUCUGUAUCUAUUUCUAUAGAAUGAAGAAAAUUGUUGAUUUCUU